AUGUAUUCACUGUUUAGCUUUCGGCCAUGUCCAGAUAUCGGCACCAGUAAUCGAACAGGUAGGGUUACAACAGCCCUGUCUCUCGGAUAUGUGAAGGGGCUGAACAUCUUCAAUCAAGGAAACUUCCAACGGGGCUUGCCUUUAUUUGGACAUGGUCUCACAUCACCACCCGAUCUCUGGCCUUAUUCACAAAUUGUAUCCGAGUCAAGUACCGAGGGUAGCCUAGUUCACAGUCCAACAAAUGCUCAUGCACAGUCUCUCAAGCGACUGUUCGCGGGAAGACAGCAGAAAUCCGAACCCGAAAGAGUUCGAAACAGUCUCGGUAUUGCCCUCAACAUUAAUUUCUUCCGCAAAAUCCUAGAUUUCAAUUUGGAGCCUUCAAGUGCUUCGUCCACAAUCCCGUUGGGUGAUUCAGUAAUGGGCAUAAUCUCUAGUCUGGGUAACAUCGUAUAUACGUGGUCCGAUAAGGGAGGAGUUCGUUCCGUCAAUGGCUCCCAGCAAGAUGGGACGUGGCUCACAUCGAUAUCAUUCUCUUCCGUUGAAGGCAACAAGAAUUUAUUUGCAGCUGGAAGAUCAGACGGAACAUUCAUCGUGAUGUCACUCCUGGAAACAGCUCCUCGGUUUGAAAUACAACAAUCAUGUUCAGUCGCUUGUCUCAGUUGGCGCCCAUGUUCGACAUUGCGAUUUUCUAGCAAUCCUCUCAACCCAAAUACUCUGGUAACAACAGAAGACCUUGUUGUGGGAGAUGAAUGCGGAGACUUGUAUUAUUACUUAGUUGAGUGGCCAGUGGCAUCAGAAAACACAAGGGAUAAUUGGCCUGGUUCGAUAUCCCUGGUAACCCGAAUUUCGAUACACAGCCAGCAGAUUUGCGGUCUAGCAUGGUCACCAAAUGGAGCUUUGUUCGCAUCGGGGGCCAAUGAUAACCUGUGUUGUCUUCUUAAGGUGAACGAAAUCCUAGCGCCUCAACAUCUUGGUUUGCACCCAGAUGAUCCCGACGCGUACAGUCCGUACCCUAACAGCAAUUUCGACACUUUGAUCCAGAUGCAGAUGACUCCGAGCGUCUCGCAAGCCUCUCUUGGCUGGCAAAAUGGUGGAGGGUCUUUUCCCACAGUUGACGGAGGAUCCCCUGGAAUGACUAUAACCCCACAAACGAAUGUUCGAAACCUUCUUUCCGGAUGUCAGAGUCAGGUUUGGACUCAUCAGGCAGCUGUUAAGGCUAUUGCAUUCUGUCCAUGGCUUCAGGGACUUGUGGCCACAGGCGGCGGCUCGAAUGACAAGUGCAUACACUUCUUCCACACAGUUUCUGGAUCAUCGCUUGCCACCAUUUCCGUCGCGGCCCAGGUCACAUCUCUGAUUUGGUCAAAUACAAAACGAGAAAUAGCCGCCACAUUCGGUUAUACUCAUCCGGAGCACCCAUACAGGAUUGCUGUGUUUAGCUGGCCUGACUGUUCGCAAAUUGCAGCCAUCCCUUGGGAGGAUGAUUUACGCGCCCUCCAUGCCGUUUCCUACCCUUGUAUUCUAAAAGCAUCGAAAGCACCCAAUAGAAAGCCGAGCGCUGUUAAUGAGUGUAUCGUCGUGGCGUCGAGCGAUAAAACCGUUAAGUUUCAUGAAGUCUGGUCAACGGAAGGAAGUAGAGCAGUGACCAGGUCUGGGAUGUUUGGUGGCAGUGAUAUUCUCGAGGAUUUGCAAGGAAUCAUAAAGGAGGGGGAUGUGAUUCGUUGA